UUUUUCAAAAAUCAAUAUUGCAACUGGAGAGAAAGAGGAAGAACCCUAAUCGAUUUACAUGCUCUGAUUCGUUCUACUUUUUCGUUGUUUCCUUUCCACAAAAUAACCUCUAAAAUGGCGAGUGAGAGUUCCCAAUCUUCCUCGCCAUCCCCGUCGCCGUCUCCAUCUCAAUCUCCGUCAUCUUUACCUUCUCCGUCGCUGGGAAACAAUGUCGGCGAUACGUUUAUAGGGAGCUUCAUCAGUCUAAUUUCUAAUUCCGAGAUCCGUUACGAAGGCAUUCUGUACCAUCUCAACGUUCAGGACUCUACGUUAGGUCUGAAGAGCGUAAGAUCUUGUGGAACGGAGGGGAGGAAGAAAGAUGGGCCGCAAAUUCCACCAUGUGAUACAGUUUACGACUACAUUCUUUUUCGCGGAAAUGACAUUAAGGAUCUGCAAGUUAACCCUUCUCAAAGUGGACAGGACAUCAAUCAGUCCUCUCACUCAAGGCCAGUUAUAAGCUCUCCUCUUUCUGGAUACGAUAGUGGUUACGGUUCGGGUAGAGGAGCACAGUGGCCCCAUACACCUGCUUUGACUAGUAAACCGGUUCCUACCACACAGCAUUCCUCUGUCCCUUUAAGUUUCCAGCCUCCUUCAGCUAAUGCUAGAAGCUUGACGGAAUCACCAGCAAGCCUUACUGGUCCAACAAAUACUUUUCAGGCAACUCAAAGUAAUGCUGGUCCGUCUAUGCCCAUGCCUUCUUUUGUGCAAGGAAACAAACUACCUUCCAGUGGUAUCCCUCUUGGUAUGAUGCACAAGGCAAUUUCAUCCCCCUCUACGAUGCACAAUGAUCCACAGAUUGUAGAUAUGUUUUCUUCACCAAUCAUGGGGUUAGUAGAUGAUACAUCACAGGUUGUUACUCGUACACCCGACGUUGCUUCUAAUCCAGCACAAUCCUCUAACCCUUCUCCCCUUGGUCAAGCUCAACGCCACGCUCCACCUGGCCUUGCUUCAUCACCCUCCAACCUUUCUCCACUCUCUGAAGCACAGCUUUCUGCUCCAUAUAAUCAGAACGGUUACCCCAUUGCACCCCAGGCUGGUGGUAAAGUUGUCUACGACUCUCGGUCUAAUCAUCCUAACCGAUCUAUACCUUACGAGUUACCGGCUGUGACUUAUGGCUCAGCUCCUGUGAUUCCUGGUCCGUUUUCGAAUUCGCCUCAGUCAUUCUUGGGCAUGGAGCCGUUACUGCAAUCUAGGCAGCAGAUGGUCAAUAGGGGUCAAGAGAUGUUUGGUGCAACUAACCCGGCAUCAAUGGAUGUGCCAUCACGAAGUCUUGCUACCACAUAUCAAGCGCCAUUGCUGCCUCUUCCAGUUUCAGCUCAUCAGCCCCCGAUCCCUAGUUCUAGCAUUGAGUUCACUGAAGAAUUUGAUUUCGAGGCGAUGAAUGAAAAGUUCAAGAAGAGUGAACUAUGGGGGUUUCUCGGAAAAAACAAUCAAGUUAAUCACAGGGACGAAACUGCAGUUGCGCCAAGCGAAGAAGAGAAGGCAAAGCCUGCUUAUAACAAGGAUGACUUUUUCGAUACAAUCUCGGUCAAUUCACUUGACCGUGUGGCUAGAAACGGACAACAACAACAACACGUCCAGUUUCCAGAGCACAUGAGACAAGAUCCUCAGGUAUUUGGUAACCAUUUUCAAAGGCCGCUUCAACCACAACCAGGCCAAGGUGCAUAUCUCGCUGCACAAACCAAUUACAGAGGCGGAUAUAAUAAUAACAACAACAACAACUACUACGCAAAUUCGGGUUAUGGUUACUACUCUGGUGGGAGAGGCCGAGGCAGACACUCACAUUUCUGAUCUGGUGAAUUUCUGUCUUCCUAAAAUAGAGCUUUUGUUGUUCACUCUCGCACUCGCACUUUCUUUUGCUUACUUCUCUUUUCGAAUUCACUUUUUCGAGUAAAAAAACAGUUUUUACGGUAACUAUAUCUCAAUAUUGUUAGGCAUAUCAUAUUUGCAAGUUCCAAGUUCCUAUUUUUUAGUCUGUCUGAUGAGCUUAACCCUCAGGAGAGAAUGUUGGUUCUCCAUGUAGAGAAAAAAACAAAAAGUACUAUGAACCUUUUGGUA